AUGACGAUUUCGGCGUGCAGGCGUUACUUUGAUUCUGGCGAAAUUAUGCGGCUCGAUGACCGCCUGCCACUGUCGCGACACGGCAGCAGCUCCGGCGCAACUGGCAUCGUCAUCAAGCAGGAACCCCAGUAUGUUGUACGAUAUUUCUGCUGGGAUUCUGUACCAAGAAACGUCGGUCUCUGUUAUCGAAGUCAUGAGCACUGA